AUGGCGACGCUGCAAGUAUCGAGGAGAUAUCGCUCCUCCACCUCUGCGUCCUCUCACGCAGUUACCUCCAAGGCUACCGAGAUCCUGCGCGGCAUGCUCGAAGAUUUAGCGAACGGCCUGCGACAACGAAAAUCGACCGACGGCUACCCCGAAUUUCCCGUACUGCUCAAGAGCCUUCGCCAGAUCCGUCAGCACAUUGCCGCCACCGAACCGCCAAGCCCGCCCCAAGAUGACUUUCGACACCUGCGCGGCUUCACGCAGCUGCUCGACGUGCUGCGAUCCUUUUCGGGAUUCUACAACCCCCAGCGACGAACAGAUGAGGAGAAGAAUGGAUUAUUUGGACUACUCGAGGCCGUGCUGGACGUCUUCGCCGCGGCAUUCCACGACCACCCUGGGAACAAACGCUAUUUCCGUCAUCGAGUCGAAGGAGGUGGGUGGGAGGCUAUCGAACAGACUAUCGCCAGCGUGGGGCUUGGAGGCAGCGACUCGGACCUGUGGACAAAUUGUCAAGUGUUUGGCAAGCUUCUGGCUUUCUCGCUGGGCGACAAGAAAGUGGACGCUUUAUGCCAGUCGAUUGCAUCUACGCCCACGACGGUCGAGGAUGCCAAGCCGGAGCCAGAAAAAGGGGCCGAGGACGAUGCGACAGAACAGACAACGUCAACACCCCAAAAGACGAGAGACUAUGCCCAGGAGGUACGCGACAUCGUCCAGAAGAAGGCCGUCUUCCGUAAUCCCGAAAUCCUGCGCGCCGUCGUCGGCUUUUGGGAGUCAAUACCAAGAGCGGAGGACAUGCCGGCCAACCCCUGUUCGAUGAUCGUUCUCGAGAUCAUGUCAAGUGUGGUCUCAAUCUCCCUUUUCAAUCUGUCCGCGCUACAUACCACUGGCGUUCUCUCUCGCUUCUUGAGGGUCGUCUUCGACCCCGAGCCAAGAUUAAGCCAGCCUGAAAAAGACAAGCUUCUUAUUCUGUGCAAAAAGCUCAUGUACUUGGGCGUCAACCAACCAUCAGACACCCAGUUCCUACUAGCAAAUCCUUCACCAGAGGCAUCAGAGUUCUGCUUGGAAAUGGCGUCAAGCUACACUGGACCCCCUUUCUUUCAAUUCGACCUCUCUCUACAUGGCCACUCUUCCAUCGAGCUACCUACGCUGGGCCGCUCAUUUCCGCCAAGCUCAUCCCCCGGCUAUACCUUUACAGCAUGGAUACGCGUGGACAGAUACGAUCCCGCAGCUCACACUACACUCUUUGGUGUCUUUGACGCCACCCAGACAUGCUUUCUUCUGAUGUACCUCGAGAGGGAUACCCACAACUUCAUCUUGCAGACCUCUGUUACGUCCAGUCGCCCAAGUGUUAGGUUCAAGGGUAUGGCCUUCAGAGAAAAGCAGUGGUACCAUCUUGCCCUUGUUCACAGACGGCCAAAGACAAUGACUGCAAGUAAGGCUUCUCUGUACGUCAAUGGCGAGUUUGUUGAGCAAAUCAAGUGCUCCUACCCCUCUCCACCACCAUUCACAAAUGGCAGCACUGAAAGCUUUGCCUCUUUCGCAUCUGCCAAUGCCAAAUCGCAUCCUGUUCAAGCGUUUCUGGGUACUCCAAGAGAUCUCUCCAGCCAGGUUGGCGCAGGAUUGGUGUUUUCCAAAUGGUCCCUUGCAUCUGCGCAUCUCUUCGAGGAUGUCCUCAGUGACGACUUUCUUGCUGUUCACUAUGGUCUAUCGCCAAAAUACCAAGGCAACUUCCAAGAUAGCCUCGGCGGCUUUCAGACUUACGAAGCCUCCGCCUCUCUCGGCUUGAGGAAUGAAGUGUUCCAUCCUGGCAGAGACGAAAGCUCCGAUAUUAUUAGGGCUAUUCGCGAUAAGGCUGGAAGUCUACUACCAGAGGUGAAGAUUCUGCUCGGCAUCGUUCCUGCAGGCGUAUUCAGAGAGGAUGGCGUGUAUCAAGAUACCCAGCUGUACCGCGCAUUGCCUCGAAGCGCGGCAACCAACCUCAUCCAAAUGACUCAUAGGACCGGCUCGACCAUCGCGGUCAAUACUGCUCUGCCCUGUCUUCUUGACGCCUUGGCACGAUCCCAUGGAAUCGCUGUCAUGACCGGAAGCCCUGUGGCCGCCACGCCCUCCUACUUCGAUGAUAACUUCUGGAGGUUGGCUGGGUUUACUCCACUUGCUCUCAAGAUCGUGGAGCGUGCGGCUACGGUAGAGGAGACUGUGCGGGCAGUUGAGAUGACAUUUCUCUGCAUCCGGAAAAGCUGGAGAAACAGUGAGGCCAUGGAACGCGAUAACGGCUACGCAAUCCUCGGCAUGCUUCUCAGAGCCAAACUAGGCUACACCGUCAACCUCGGUGCCGAUAAUGCGAACUUGCGGCUGCCUAUCUCGAGCGAGGAGCGAGACCGUUUGAGCUUUCAGCUCUUGAGCCUCGUCCUAGACUUUGUGGGAUACAAGCACGCUGAGCCCCUGGAGUCAUUCAUUGUCAACCCUCUGGCAUAUCGCAUCCUACUCAUUGACUUCGACACUUGGCGGCGGUCGGCUCCAAUCACCCAAGAGCUCUACUACAAGCAGUUCGUGACAUUCUCCGUCAAGAGCAAAUACCAUCAGUUCAACAGCCGGCGGCUGAUGCGUAUGAGAAUCGUUAAACGACUACUUGAUGCUAUGAAGGCAGAGUCAAUUUCAGAAGAGGUGCUGCCUCAUUUUAUGAGCGCUCUGGAGCACCUUGUCAAAUGCAACUACACGGCGGAAGUGCAUCGCUCUCUCGCCCUUUUUAUCACAUACGCCUACCACUCGCCCAUCGCAUCUCUCGUCAGGACCCCCCGACCCGCCUCCGCCAUCACUCGAUCCCCCACUCCCGGAUUUGCCAGAAGGGCUACAUUUGAUUCUAACAGUGCCUCGAGCAACACAACAUCUAGAUUCCUCACGAAGAAGCAGUUAGGUGCCAAGAUUCUUGGGAUGUACUCUAUUCUCCUUUGUGAGAAGGGUAACAAGGCCAACAUCAGCAAGUUCGCCAGAACAGUGACCAAUAAGGUGAGACCGCCGCCUGACGAAAACCAAUUAUAUUUAUUGAGCAUGGACCAGUGGUUACUGUAUCUCUUGGCGAGCGACGACUCCGAGACUGUAAUGAAUGGCACCAAGAUCUUGGCCAGACUGCUCGUUACCCACGGCUCCACGUAUACGUCGAAAUUCUCGGGUAAGACGGGCGGCUUCACUAUUAUGGCGCACCGUUUGAAGCGCUGGUGGUAUAUACCUUCCUUGUGGCCGAUUUGCUUCUGCAUCUUCUUUGGCUUUGAUGUGGCUGAGAUCGACUUGGAGCGGAACUUUGAGUUCUCCAGCUUGCUUGAGACGUUUGGCAAGUCUAGAAUCACCUACCCGGAGAGCCUCCAAGUCAUCACGUCGAUGCUGCAGCAUGGACUCAAGGAUGUCAUGAAGCAUCAGGAAGACCCGAACUCCCCACACUCUCCUCAGAAACUACAGAACCUUCAGGCAAGCGGCUUCGAGGGAUUGGAGACCCGACCACGGGCAAAGUCGAUGGAGACGAGAGGCCUCGACUCAAGAGAAAACGCCCAACGCGAAAGCGAAAGGAUAUCUAGCAACGCGCCCAUGCUUCAUACGGUCAUCCGGUUUAUGGCAGACCUGCACUCUCGCUCUCAGGAGUUUAGGGACUUCGCCCUCACGUCGGAGUAUGUGAGAUACCUCCUUUGGGCCGCGUAUCCGAUCAUCGUCAGCACCGACGCCGUUACACCGGACACGGAACUCAACUCGCGGGACUCUGCCUUGACGUUUGAGGGCGGCGACGUGAUGAUCCGUCCUCUUGCUGGCUCCCAGCCUGGACCCAUUGUCCGCACGACAAGCACAGAUGCUGUUGCUACUCUUGCAGGCAAUCCGCGCGGAACCCCUCUGCGGAAAGCAUCCGGCUUCGUUCUGCUCACGAAUCAACAAUCUCCCAAGGCACCCAGUUCUGCGAGAUUCGCACCAGUCAUGUCGCCAAAGAAGAAACUUGCCUCGCAGCAAUCAAGCAGCGCGACCCUGGACGGCCUAUUGGAGUUGGUCAUUAGCGUCUUCAUCGACCAGGUCUUCACUCGGAAAGAGUUUCCAGGCUUUGGUUUGUUCCUGAAGAUUCCGCCAGGCUUCCAAGAGCACCAGGCGUAUUUUGAGUCUUUCGUGCUUAGAAACACGCUCCAGCGCCUCGGGACUCACAUACAACCAAACCAAAAGGUCUUGUGUGAGCCCAAGAUCCUCACCAACAUGGGCCGUCUCGCCGCUCAUGUCACGGAGUCAAUAUUUGAGGGCUGGUUUAUUAAUGGCACAGAGCCAAUGUUGGAAUUUGCUGGCAUGGUGCUGGAGUAUCUCCAACGGCCAGAGGUCGCCAGCGUCAAGAGCGUUCGUCUCUGCAGCCAAGCAGUGUCUACAAUACGCCAGUGCUUCCUUAAGCUUCUGCUCCUACGCUUCUCCGAACUGGAUGACCCCGAUACGCCGGACUCCGGCGCCAAGGACUUCAUGAGCAAGAUUCUUUACUGGCAGGCGCCUAUUCUCGGCUGUCUUUCUAACGAAGAGGAGUUUAUGAAGCUCUUCUGGUACCAGCUUUAUACAAAGCUUGUCGACUCGCGGGCCUCCAUUCGGUCUGCCGCGGCAACCAUCAUGCGCAUCAUGCUGGUUCAGAAACCAGAUGAAGCCAAGGUUCUCUUCCGGCAAUGCGUGCAACCGGACCAACAACACCUUACGAAGGAAUUCGCUGUUAAGCUCACUGAAGUCGACGAUGACACGUUCAUCGAGUGGGUGGACAAGCACCGCGCUUCGUUGGAUGCCUUCUUCUUUGGGGGGAUAUCAAAAGCAUGGGAGGAGUUUGUGGCUGUCGAAAACCAGCGAACUAUAGAUUCGGCUAAGUACCGUUUGGCAAAACGCAGGGAUCGGCUCAAGGCAUGGCAGACAGAGUCACUGACUAUGGAUAACGUGCUUUUGCGGCACGACAUGGCGAACGGGGCCUGGAUGAAGAGCAUCUUCAACAGCGAGCAUUUCAAGCACCAGCGUCUUACUCAGGACCAACAGGAUGACAUGGCUUAUCUGGCUGCGGCAUUCCUGAAGAUGGACCUGGAUCUCAAACGGCCCGGUGCGGUCUUUGCUGAGCAGACUCAGUUGAAGUGGAAGCUCGAUCGUACCGAGGGCCGCAACAGAAUGCGGUUGAGACUUCUUCCGGAUUAUUCAAAGAAACACUCAGACUACCAGCCAAAGCGCAGAGCAGGUGAAGCUCCGUCAACGCCAUCCUCCCUCAAAGUCAACACCAACAUGGCUCCGGCCCAGAUAUCCCCGUCUCCGGUUAAGCCAGCCACGCCAGCAUCGUCACAGCUACAGCUUGGCCUUGAUGGCGCCAAAGAUACUACCGAUUCGCCCCCGGAUACAGAACAGGAAGAGGAAGCCAACGAGUCCGCUGUAGCCACUGAAGAGGACUUUGAGUUGGUCGACGACCCCAAUGAUGCCAACGAGGGUGACGAUGGCUUCGAAGACAAGAACCGCAAGGUUAUGAGGCGACUGGAGCAAGGAGAUCAGGUCCAGGCGGUGUACAACAUUUCACGCAUCGUAGGCUUGGAAGGGUGUGAGGGUAUCCUCAUCAUCGGCAAAGAUGCCCUUUACAUCAUGGAUAACGUCUUCCAAUGCGCCUCUGGGGAGAUUGUCAACGCAUGGCAAGCUCCCCCUGAGGAGCGAGACCCGUUCUCUGAAAUCAUCACGGAUGCGAAGACUACAGAACAGCGCCAGAGUUCCAGUAGAAGCGAACAAGAAUCGCGGAGCUGGAGGUGGUAUGACGUGAUCAGUAUCUCAAAGCGCAGAUUCCUGUUCCGAGACGUCGCCAUCGAGGUCUUCUUCACCGAUGGUCGCAGCUACCUGCUGACCUCCAUCAACCCCAAUAUCCGAGAUGAAGUUUUUGGCAAGUUGAUGAGCAAGGCGCCGCACACCAAUGCUGCCAGCUCACUGCCCAACCCCGAAGAUGCCUGGCGAUUGGAGGCGCUGAAGGUAUCUGAGGAACAGCCCCAAGGCUUUGGUUCCAAGUUUGGAAGUAUUUUCAAUUCGACGCCAUGGAACCCAGCAAUGAGGAAAUGGCAAAAGGGCGAGAUGUCCAACUUCCACUACCUGAUGCUCGUCAACACUAUGGCCGGUCGCACGUUCAACGAUCUCACCCAGUACCCCGUCUUCCCGUGGGUCUUGGCCGACUACACGAGUGAAGAGCUCAAUCUCAACGAUCCAGCGAGCUUCCGAGACCUCUCAAAGCCGAUGGGUGCCCAGACAUCUGGUCGCGUCUCAGGUUUCAGAGAGUCUUAUGAUGCUUUGGCAGAGAUUGGCGAGACUCCUUUCCACUAUGGAACGCACUACUCCUCUGCUAUGAUCGUGUCAUCGUAUCUCAUCCGUCUGCCUCCAUUCGUCCAGUCGUAUAUCCUCCUUCAGGGCGGAUCAUUUGACCACGCGGACCGUCUCUUCCAGUCUAUCCCUCAUGCCUGGCAGUCGGCCUCUUGCGACAACAAGGCGGAUGUCAGGGAGCUGAUCCCAGAGUUCUUCUGCUUGCCAGAGUUCUUGACCAACAUCAAUCAGUACAACUUUGGUAACCGUGAAAGCACCGGCACCAAGGUCAAUAAUGUUGUCCUGCCGCCGUGGGCCAAGGGUGACCCGAAGAUCUUUAUUGCCAAGCAUCGUGAAGCUCUCGAAAGCCCAUACGUCAGCCAGAACUUGAACCAAUGGAUCGAUUUGGUGUUUGGAUACAAGCAAAGAGGCGACGCUGCCAUCGACAACCUGAACGUCUUCCACCAUCUGUCGUACCGCGGAGCAACUGAUCUUGACAACAUCAGCGAUCCCCAAGAGAGGAGAAUCACUGCCGGCGUCAUCCAUAACUUUGGGCAGACGCCUCACCAAGUCUUUACUCGGUCCCAUCCUGCUCGUGAGCAUGCAUCAUGCCCGAUCAGGCGUCUGGAUACAUCCGUCUACGCCCUGACCAGGCUGUCCCACCCCCUCCUUGAAUCGCACGAAAGGGUCGCAUCACUCAUCUACUCCCCCAAGAUCGACCGGCUCAUCUGCGCCUCGCCUUUCCGCCUGAAUGUUGCGCCGUACGACAAGUUCCUUGAAUGGGGCUAUGCUGACAACAGUGUCCGGUUCUUCUUCAGCGACAACAGGAGGGUAAGAAAGCCCGGUACUUUCUCUGGACGAGCCUCAACUAAUGAUCAGAAGCCGGCGGGACUAUUCGAAAACCUUCACAUCGGCCAGCUAUCUUGCGCCACUUUUGCGGACUCCAAGACCCUCAUCACCGCCGGAGAGGAUUGCGUUAUUUCUGUCUAUGCGGUUCACACCGCUCCUGGAAAGGUCGUGGACCUACUCCCUCGGAAGUCGCUCUUUGGACACCGCUCUCCUGUGACCAACAUGGCCGUUUCCAAGUCGUUCAGCACGUUCGUCUCCGUGUCGACAGAUGGCCAGGCCUUCCUUUGGGACCUCAACCGGCUGGAGUUCAUUCGCAAGUUACCCCUCUCAAGAGCUGUGGAAUGCGCUCGCAUCAACGAUGUCUCUGGAGAGAUUAUGCUGGGAUCCGGGCCUAAUGUGGUACUUUACACAAUCAACGGCACAGUCAUCCUCGACCAGAAUGUCUGCGCCGAGCCGGAUGACUAUGUGCAUGCUUGUGCCUUCUACGAGGGUGCGGGGAAUGAGUGGCUGGAAAGCUGCCUCAUAUUCACGGGCCAUAAGAGAGGCCGCGUGAACGUCUGGAAGAAGACCGCGAAGAACGGCAGGUGGAUUCUGGAACUGCUUCGACGGUUAGACCAUGUGGACCCACGAUCGGAAGUGGGCGCCAAUUACGAUGCAGGCAUUACAUGCAUCACUCCCAUGCCGCAAUGUGUCUACACCGGCGACGACGACGGGCGAGUGUAUGAGUGGAACUUGGUUCAGAGAGAUAGAUAG